AUGGGCCGAGUCGACUUAAAAAGGAGCGUCGAGGCGAUCCAAUCCACACCUGACCUCCCUCCUACCUACUUCACAAUCCCUCUCACCUUCAAAAUGCAGGGGCUAUUCGUCCUUCUCUCCCUUUCCAUCCUCCUUUUCUCCGCAUCCCGAACGAGAGGGCAAAGUCCUUGCCCCGAUCCCGAAGAUAUCCUCCCUUGCACUUGCUACCACAAUGGAAAUAUUGUGAAUGUCGCCUGUUUAGAUGCCACAUCCAGCGAGCAGAUCUUCUCUGUCUUCAACGACGUUAACUGGCUCUUCAAGAAACUCACGGAAUUUUGGAUCAUGAGCACCGAAGGAGUUCGAGAGUUGCCCGAAGGAGUCUUUGGUGACGUCAUGUUCCAAUCGAUAUCGGUCUCCCAAAACGACUUCGUCAGCAUCCACCCUUCGGUCCUGCUAUCCUCGAAAGAUCGAAUCCAGGACCUGUUCUUCUUCGAAACCCUCCUGGAAGAGUUCCCUUGGGACACCUUUCCGCAACUUACCAAUCUCACCGAAGUCGACGUCAUUCAUAAUGCCCUAACCACUCUGCCAUCGCUUCAAAGUGCCAGUCUGGGUUUCCUCUCAGUCCGUUCGAAUCAAAUACACGUCAUUGAAGCCGCGCCAUCUCUCCCAAAUCUAAGGCAGCUUCACUUGGAUGAUAAUCCCAUUUCGGAGCUACCGACUGGAUUCUUCAAUGACAUGGGGAAAUUGGAGGAAUUUUGGUGUCAGUAUUGUUCCUUUGGACCAACUUUGCCAACCGGCUCCUUCCAAUUCCACAGUGAAAGAAUAUCGCAUGUGGACCUCUGGGGCAACUCCAUCUCAACUCUAGAGUUGGAUGCGAUCGCAGGUAUCCAGUCCAACACGAGAAUAGUUCUUCGCGAGAAUGUCAUAACCGAAUUGACAGAGGCUUCCUUCCGCCCCAUAGUGGAGAUCCUCUCGCAGGGUGAUGGGGAGAUGGACGUGUAUGGAAACCCCGUGGAGUGUGGGUGCAGCAUCGCCUGGCUGAUACUUAAUCCAGACUUCUUAGGAAGAGUGAUUGGUGCUUGCGCCGACGGAACGAAUUUCCAAGACCUGGAUCCGAACAUUUUCCAGGAUUUCUGCAUCAAAAGUGAUCCUCCUAUGCCUGGCGACUAUACCAUUUGGAUUAAUUCCGACUAAAUUCCAGAAAUAAAUUGACUUUGAGG